AUGCAAGCAGACUUGGACAAGAAACGUCUUGCGCUACUUUGGAGGAAUCUAGGUUCCACCAGCGCAAGAAGUUUUGGUGGACGUGAUACUUCCACCAGCGCAAAAAAAAAGGAGGAAGUGAUACUUCCACGUAGCGUCGGCAAAAUAAACCCAAGCAUGGUCCGAGCACUAAGCAAGGGUUGA